UAAUGCUAAGAACACUAAGAUAGUUUAGUUCAAUUUUCCAUAGAGUUCCUUUAAGAUCAUUUUCAGGUGCAGUUGAAGUUACUCCUAAAGAUGUACUAAUAUAUAUAGAUAGCUUUAUAGGAAAUAUUAAAAAUUUUGCAUUCAGAAUCUAGAGACAUUUUUAGAAAUGUGGCCAUCAUAGCACAUGUUGACCAUGGAAAAACAGUAAAUUAUUGAUUCUAUUUUAAAAAAAGACUCUUGUUGAUGCUUUAUUAAGAGCUAGUGGUUGUGCAAAUGAAUAUGAUUCAAUGGAUAGCAAUGCAUUAGAAAAAGAAAAAGGAAUUACUAUUCUAUCUAAAGUGACUGGUGUUACUUUUGGAGGAAACAAAAUAAAUAUUGUAGAUACACCAGGACAUUAAGAUUUUGGAGGAGAAGUAGAGAGAAUUAUGUCAAUGGUUGAUGGUGUAUGUUUAUUAGUUUGUGCAACUGAAGGACCUAUGGCUUAAACUAGAUUUGUUUUAUAAAAGGCAUUACAAUCAAAUUUGAAACCAAUAGUUAUCAUUAAUAAAGUAGAUAGACCAUCCGCUAGACCUGUAGAAGUUGAGCAUGAAAUUUUCAAUUUGUUUUGUGAUUUAGAAGCUCCAAGUGAAUCACUUGAAUAUCCUUUGUAUUUUUGUUCUGGCAAAGAAGGUUGGGUUAGAAAAGGUUCUAUGGAAGCAGAAAAAUAAGGAUUAGAAGAUGUAUUGGAAACUAUUGUAGAAACAAUCCCACCUCCAUAAAUUGGUACAGAAAGCAGUUUUAAAAUGUUGGUUUCAUAAUAAGAAAGUCAUCCAUACUAUGGUAAAAUAGUUAUAGGUAAAAUACAUUAAGGUGAAAUCAAACUUAAUGAUAAAAUAUUAGCAGUUGAUUAAUAAGGAAAAUUGGUUGAAACAGCUAAAGUAUUGAAAAUUUUAAGAAGAUAUGGAAUGUAACAAUUAGAAAUGGCAAGAGCUGUUGCUGGAGAUAUUGUCUAAGUUGCAGGAUUCACUAAUGCAAUUGUUACUAAUACUUUAAAUGAAAUGGGAAAAAAUGAUGUGAUUCCAUCAAUACCCAUAGAUCCUCCUAUGAUUUCAGUCUCUAUUGGUGUUAAUACUGGUCCUUUGGCAGGAAAAGAAGGAACAAAACUGAAUGCUUAAUAAAUUAAAGAAAGAUUAAUGAGAGAAGGAUAAAGUGAUGUUGCAUUAUAAGUUAUGGUUAAAGAUAAAUCAGAUGAUAGUGCUUGUGUAUAAUUGUUAGGUAGAGGAGAUCUCCAUUUAGCCAUAUUACUUGAAAAUAUGAGAAGAGAAGGAUUUGAAAUGCAAGUAUCACCACCAUAAAUUGUUACUAAGAAAUGUCCAGAUACUGGCAAAACAUUAGAACCAAUGGAAAAGGUGACUAUUGAAAUUGAUUAACAAUAUAUGACUGGUUUAAUUGAUAAAAUGUCAUAAAGAAAAGCUAUUUAUGAGGAUUGCAUUAAUAUUGAUAAAACUAGAGUUAAAUUAAUAUUCUCAGCACCAACUAGAGGUUUAGUAGGUUUAAGAGCAGAAUUAAUUAAUGACACCAGAGGAACAGCUAUUAUGUAACAACAAUUCCUAGGAUAUUAAGAAUAUAGAGGAACUUUGAAAAAGAAUUUAAAGGGUGCAAUCAUUUCUAUGGCUGCAGGAGUAUGUUAAGGUUAUGCUCUUGAAGAUAUUCAAAAAUUUGGACCAUUAUUUGUUAAACCAGGAUCCAAAGUAUAUGUUGGUUAAGUUAUUGGAGAACAUAAAUUAGAAUAAGAUAUUGAAGUUAAUCCUAUUAGAGAAAAGAAAUUAACUAAUGUUAGAACAGUAUUAGCUGAUGAAAAGAUAAGUUUAUUUCCUCCAAAAGUCUUUACUUUAGAAGAUGUAAUUGCUUAUAUUAGAGAUGAUGAAUUAGUUGAAGUUACUCCAAAAGAUCUCAGAAUUAGAAAGAAAGAAUUAGAUUCAACCCUUAGAAAAACUCAGCGUAAAAACCAAUCAAAAUGAUU